UAUGACACGUUCAAUAUAAAUAAAAAAAUAUAAACAUUAGUUUUUGGUUAUAAAGUUUUUAUUUAUUUAUUUUUUGUAUAUAAAUUUAUACUAACGUGUUAUAAAAAGAAAUAUUUACAUAACUGACAUAUUUUUUUAAUAAUUGAAUUCCAAACAAGUUUAUAUAGUAAAUAAAUAGUUAUUGUUAAUAAUAAAUUGUACAUUUAAAAUAAUGUUCGAUGGCAGCUAUUGAUAAAGUAAAAAUAAUUGUUGUUGGUGAUUCUGGUGUAGGAAAAACAUCAUUAUCGCAUUUAAUAUGUGAACAGAAACCAAUACGUAAUCCGUCAUGGACUGUUGGUUGUACCGUAGAAGUUAAAUUACAUGAAUAUAAAGAAGGUACACCCAAUCAAAAGACUUAUUUUAUUGAACUAUGGGACAUUGGUGGCAGUCAAAGUCAUCAGAAUACAAGACAUGUUUUUUAUAAUCCAACUCAUGGAAUUAUUUUAGUCCACGAUCUAUCAAACAGAAAGUCACAGCAAAAUUUACAGAAAUGGCUCCAAGAAGUAUUGAGUAAAGAGGGAAAUGGAAGUGGAGUAGGACGACAUAAAAGCUUUGAUGAUUUUGAUCCUGAAAAAUUUGUAGGCUCUACCCAAGUUCCAAUACUAGUCGUUGGUACAAAGUCAGAUUUAAUUGAAUCAAAAUCGAAUUUGCAUAGAAGAUCAUCGACGAUUGCUGAAGAGUGUGGUGCUGAUGAAAUAUUUGUUGAUUGUCUUCAAGUGAGGUCAUUAGCUGCCGGCACCACAUCAUCUGUUAAGCUGAGUAGAUUUUUUGACAAAGUUAUUGAAAGACGUUAUUAUCUCAAUCGUGAUAUUAAUAGUCCAGAGAAACGUAGACUACAAGCAUAUACGUCUUCAUAUCCACAAAAAACUUAUCACAAUGACUGAUAAUUUAUAAUAUUUAUUAUAAAUUACAGGAUUUAUACAAGAUUUAAUAUAUUACUACAAGAUUUAAUAUAUUAUUACAAGAUUUAAUAUAUGGAUUUGCAUCACUUGUGAUACGUCAACAGCUUUAAUAAUGUCAAUGGCCUCUGAGUUAUAAAAAUUAGUAAAUACGUUACAUCAUUACACUAAAAAAACUUUUAUAAAAUACAAUUUAUCUGCAUUUAUUGUUUAUUAAACUGACUAAUAUAAUUUUUUAAACAUUCCUACGUUUGUUAUUUCUGAAACAUAAAUUUUAAUAA